CAACAAUAGUGCAAAUUAGCAUAAACACUUGUUACAGCAAGUUGUGCAAACUCAGACACACAGACCACAGAAGGCGGAGUCCCCACACCAGAGGGGCAACUCUAAUUUCUCCAACGUCUCCUUUUUCUUUCUCUUCUUCUCCUUUCUUCUUUGCUUUCUCCCUCCAGAAUCUUUCUCUCUCUUCCAUUUCCAGAUCCAGCUGUUCCAGACUAGACUAACUUGGUAGCUUGAGCUUCACUUGUUGUGCUUGGAUCUAUUGAGCUUGGAAGUUUUGCUGAUUUAGAGCCAUAUGUUCUAGAUGUAUUGUGUUAGUCAAGUAAAGUGUUGAUAUUGAAAUUGGGACCUUUAGUGGCAUAAGGGUGGUUUUUUUUUCAUUUAGAAUUUUGACCUUGAGCUUAGUUUUGGAAUUGAGUGGUUGAGAAACUUCAAACACUUUGGCUUUUCAGUUUAUUAUACCUGGGUUUUUAUUGAGGAAGGUAGUGAGAAAGCUCCAGGAAAAUUUGACUCUUGUGUUUACGGAAAAGUCACUUGGUCUUCUCCUAUAAUUUUGCUGUAAUCCUGGUUCUGGACCUCUAGGCUCUGGAAUGGCAGUUGGCAAAAACAGCAGCAACGCUGGAUCAUUAACUCGGCGAUGUCAUUGUUUCAAGGUGGCAAACUUGAAGGAAACUAUUUUGGAUGCUAGCGAGACAUCCGAGUUAAAAGAUCGUUAUGUUUUGGGAGAUCAACUAGGUUGGGGGCAGUUUGGUGUUAUCCGGGCAUGUGCUGAUAAGUUUACUGGAGAACUACUGGCGUGCAAGUCCAUUGCCAAAGAUAGACUUGUAACACAAGAUGAUGUUCGAAGUGUGAAGCUCGAAAUCGAGAUUAUGAGCAAGUUGUCCGGUCAUCCUCAUGUUGUCGAUCUUAAAGCUGUUUAUGAGGAAGAAGAUUAUGUCCACUUGGUGAUGGAGCUUUGUGCCGGUGGGGAGUUGUUCCACCGAUUAGAGAAACAAGGAAGGUAUUGCGAGUCUCAAGCCAAAGUCAUCUUCCGGCAUCUAAUGCAAGUAGUCUUGUAUUGUCAUGAUAAUGGUGUUGUUCAUAGAGAUUUGAAGCCUGAAAAUGUUCUUUUGGCAACCAAGUCUUCUUCUUCGCCAAUUAAGUUAGCCGAUUUUGGUCUUGCUACAUAUAUCAAACCAGGGGAGAGUUUGCAUGGGACAGUGGGGAGUCCUUUCUAUAUAGCUCCUGAAGUUCUGUCAGGAGGUUACACCCAAGCUGCUGAUGUAUGGAGUGCUGGCGUGAUUCUCUACAUUCUAUUGAGUUCUAUGCCACCAUUUUGGGGGAAGACAAAGUCAAGGAUAUUUGAUGCAGUUCGAGCAGCUGAUCUGCGCUUCCCUUCUGAACUUUGGGAUCGGAUAUCAGAACCUGCCAAGGAGCUGAUCAGGAAGAUGCUUUGUGUAGAUCCUUUGAAGCGCUUGACAGCUGAGCAAGUUUUAGCUCACUCAUGGAUGGAAGAGGUUACUGUAGCUACGGAAGAAUCACAUGAACAUGAUUUGGCCUGCUCUGAACAUAUAAAAACCCGAGAUAGCUCAUUUUCAGCGUCAUGUAUAUCCAGGGAUCACGAUAUAAGCUUUGGCACUGGAUCUGCGGUAAAUUGUGAACCUCAAUCUCCAACAUUUACGUGCAGAUCGUCAUUCUCGGCAUUUAUGGCGGAACCAUCCACCCCUACCCUUAUAUCUGCUGGAUUUUCUUUCCGUAGCAGCGGUGAUUUCACUGCUCUUGAGUUUGUUUCUCCAAUUCCUUCCUUGCCUAGCUUCACAUUUUUCAGCCCUAGGUCAGUAGAUGAGCAUGGAAACCAAAAUAAGGUUUUUUCAAGCAACAGGGAGAACACUGACGAAAUUCAUACAGAAGGGGCCGACUUGGAGAAGCGAUUUGAAUCACCUCAUUCAUCGCUGUGCUCAGGAACUGAUGCUAGGGACCUGAAAGAGAAGUCAGCAGACUCUAAGAGGAGUGGAGGAACAGGGGUGAGGAUUUUGGGGAUCCAUAACAAGAGAAAUAGGACGAUUGGGCUUGGCGAAUUCAACCAGCUUGAUAUUGUGGUCACUGAAUCUGUCAUCCGAUGGGCGUCAUGCACCCACUUACCUACCGCCUCAUCACUCAGGUCUUCUCUUGUAUGCUGAUAAUCAUGGGUCGACCACAAUGUAUCCACUAUGUAUCAAAUUAACAUCAUAAAUCAUGAUAUGAAGUUGGGCAACGCGCAAACGUGUGAAUUCUACUGCUCUACUACAAAGAUUGAAGAUAUAAUGGGUUUGAGUCGCGUGUACUGUUGGUGAUGAUCAUCCCAUAUUAGAGAGCUAAUGUUAGUGACUAGAUUGUAAUGGAUCUGCAGAAUAAGCAGAUUCUUCUUCAAAAGGUGUAAAGCAUGGAUUUUGAAAGCAAUGGUUUUCUCAACCUUUUUGAUCAUGAUUUAGUAGAUAUAUAUAGGGGGCUUUUUGUUCUUAUUAGAUGUGAUUGUUAAGCCUUCUUCAUGAACAAACAUAAGCACUGGUGACUUGUGGGAUGGUACAUAGAAAGAGUUCUGUUUCAUCGA